GACCCGCCUGUAAUGAGCCAGUCCUGUGCUGCUGUAAGGAAACAAACUUUCUGCUGUUUGCUUGGAGAUUGGGUUUGCUUGGCUUGGAAAACUAGUUUACAGCUCUGGCAGUGGUCACUACCUUUUGCUGUACUAUAAACGAGGAAGGACAAAAUGUUAAAUAGUGUUACAGAACGUCACGAAGCGUUUUAUAAGCAGAAGAAUGUGGUAACGGAUUUUCUAGCAGUUUUAGAGGAAAAAACUGGAGUUCAGAAACGGUACAUUGCAACAGGUGCAGUAUCUAUUGUGUCACUCUAUCUGUUAUUUGGAUAUGGUGCCUCCCUUCUCUGCAACUUGAUUGGUUUUGCAUACCCAGCGUAUGCCUCCGUCAAAGCCAUUGAGAGCAACAAUCAAGAUGACGACACCAAAUGGCUAAUCUACUGGGUGGUUUAUGGACUCUUCAGUGUGGCUGAAUUUUUCUCUGAUAUCUUUCUCUUUUGGUUUCCCUUUUACUAUGCUGGGAAGUGCCUGUUUCUGCUGUGGUGCAUGGUUCCGGUCUCCUGGAAUGGCUCUCAGAUCAUAUACACACGUAUGGUGAGACCUUUCUUCCUCAAACAUGAAGCAGCAUUCGACAAUGUUGUCAGCGAUUUGAGUGGAAAGGCCAAGAGUGUGGCAAAGGAAGGCUUCACUUUGUUGAACAGUGAUAAAGGGAAAUGAUUCGAAGGUUGUGAUGUAAAGAAUCAUUUUACCAAGAGCCUCGUUUACAUUUGCCUUUUUAUUUUUGGCUGCCAUAAUGUUUGUCACUAACCCACUAACUGCAUCUGAGCCAGGCAGCACAAUCACCCCAAAAACGGGCCUU